CCUCUUCUAAUACAGUCUCUCUGGGAGUUUCCUUUUCCCCUGCUUCGGCCGCGCUCCUCCCUGCCUUUCCAAUUCCUCCCCGUCCUUCCUCUGGGACGCCGGCUCCACUCCGUCUCUCACCACCCGGGAGGUCAUCCCACCCCUGCAACCCAGCCUUUUCCAGACGCGCUGCACCCACCCGUCGUCCCAGCCGGGAAACGGCUCACCCGGCGCAGGCGCACCAGGCGCGGCCCGGAGGCCGAGGGCGUCCAAAGCAGCCUCGGUCUCCGCCUCCUCCAGCCUCCCGCCGCAUCUCCCCGGAGCUGGUCGGGGGAUACCCGGACCGCGCUGGGCAGGGGCCCCGUGGGCCUCGCGUCGCCAUGGGCUCCGGCUGGAGCAGCGAGGAGGAGCGGCAGCCGCUGCUGGGGCCCGGGCUGGGGCCUGCACCGGGGACUGUUUGGAGAAGCCGGGAAGCAGCGGCGGCGGCUCUGCCCGUGGCGGCCUCUGGUCCCGGGCGGGUGUACGGGCGCCGCUGGCUGGUGCUUCUGCUGUUUUCGCUGCUGGGGUUCGCGCAGGGCCUGGUCUGGAACACCUGGGGCCCCAUCCAGAACUCGGCGCGCCAGGCCUACGGCUUCUCCAGCUGGGACAUCGCGCUCCUCGUGCUGUGGGGGCCGAUAGGCUUCCUGCCCUGCUUCGCGUUCAUGUGGCUCCUGGACAAGAGAGGUCUUCGGAUAACUGUGCUGCUUACAUCCUUCCUUAUGGUUUUGGGUACUGGACUAAGAUGCAUACCUAUAUCAGACUUAAUGCUUAAAAGAAGAUUAAUCCAUGGAGGACAGCUUUUGAAUGGACUGGCAGGUCCAACCGUAAUGAAUGCAGCUCCAUUCCUCUCCACAACAUGGUUUUCUGCAGAUGAACGGGCCACUGCCACAGCUAUUGCAUCAAUGCUCAGUUAUCUCGGUGGAGCAUGUGCAUUUUUAGUUGGACCACUUCUUGUUCCAGCCCCCAAUGGGACGUCGCCUCUUCUUGCUUCAGAGAAUAGCAGAGCCCACAUUCAAGAUCGUAUAGAGACUGUAUUAUAUGCAGAAUUUGGAGUUGUCUGCUUGCUGUUUUCUGCAACUCUAGUUUAUUUCCCACCCCGGCCUCCUCUUCCUCCCAGUGUGGCUGCAGCCAGCCAGCGGCUGAGUUAUCGGCGGAGCUUUUGCAGAUUGUUAAGCAAUUUGAGAUUUUUGAUGAUUGCGUUAGCGUAUGCCAUACCACUAGGUGUAUUUGCUGGCUGGUCUGGAGUUCUGGACUUAAUUUUAACACCAGUGCAUGUCAGCCAAGUAGAUGCUGGCUGGAUUGGAUUUUGGUCCAUAGUUGGAGGCUGUGUUGUUGGAAUAGCUAUAGCAAGGUUUGCAGAUUUUAUCAGGGGUAUGCUGAAACUAAUUCUCCUCCUCCUGUUCUCUGGGGCUACAUUAUCAUCCACAUGGUUCACCCUGACCUGUUUGAGCAGCAUCACACACCUGCCUUUAACCACAGUGACAUUGUACGCCUCCUGUAUUCUCCUGGGAGUGUUCUUGAAUAGCAGUAUACCUAUAUUUUUUGAGCUUUUUGUGGAAACUGUCUACCCAGUUCCAGAAGGAAUUACUUGUGGAGUUGUCACUUUUUUAAGUAAUAUAUUCAUGGGAGUACUUUUAUUUUUUCUCACAUUUUAUCACACAGAGUUGUCUUGGUUCAACUGGUGCCUUCCCGGGUCGUGUUUGCUCAGUCUCCUCCUCAUUCUGUGCUUCAGGGAAUCCUAUGACAGACUCUAUCUCGAUGUGGUUGUCUCAGUUUAAUAGCACAGACUUGAAGGAGUUUAUACAAAGAGACUGGAAAUCAAUACUGCAUUCUGCACAUUUGCUUGGAAUUGCACACCUAACGGGAUAAAAAGGAGAAGAGAGAAACUUCAUUCAGAGGUUUUGCUAGGUUACAGAUGAUCACAUUAACUGAAUUACUACUAAGUAAUAAUAAUGUGGGACUUGAGUGAUAAAAGGGGAUUUAAAAACUCUAGAAAUGGCAUACCUGUGCCUGAUUCUGGGGUUGGAAGUGUGAUGUCUUACACACAAAGCACUACCUAAAUGAUUCCCUCUGUGUUCUGUGCCAGUGCUGAACUACUGAUUGAUUAGCUGUAAUUAUGAAAAGAAAUAAAGGGCGUCUGUUACCGGAAGAUAA